AUGACGACCAUCCGACUCCGAGAAUUUGUGGAGCGUCGCCCAGUGCUUCCACCUACUUUAUUUAUCGCUCACCAAGGAAAGGACAUCAGAGGCUAUUACACUGGACAACUGGCAAGAGUCCACUUUGAUAACAGCAAGAAGAGGGCUCCAAGACCACUCAUAGACUUGGCAAUUCCAUCCAAGAGCAAAACUCCUUAUCAGCCUCAAUUAGACCAGCAAACGCUCAUUCAAUACAUUUCCUUUGAAAGAUUCUCAAGGCCUAUGAACACAUGGUAUAAUGAAACAACUUACCAAAGAGCCUACUCCCUGCCAUUUUAUGAGACAGGUUUGAAUCAUAAAUUAGCCACCGUUUCAUCAAAUCCUAGACCAUUGAAUUCACUACCAGAAGUCUACUGCUGUAAGAAGAGAAGUGGCUUUCCAAGGAACCUUUUAAAACUAAACAGAAGCGCGGUAUUCCAAGAAAACAACUUUGGACAAUAUUUUUAGUGAG